GCUGCGCCCUUUGCCCUGUUGGAUUUCCCGGCGGGCAGUUCGGCGCCGUCAUGGAGACGCUGCGGGCGGAGAUCGGCCGGAAAAGGCGGCAGCUGGAGGAGCGGCAACUGGUGGGGGAAUCAAAAAAAUACUUCAAGCGUAGUGACCUAGCUCGGAAGGAAGAGGAGAAUUAUUUGGAAAAAUGUGGCUACAAGGUACAGUCGAAAACAAAUGAACAAGAUGAUUCUUCAUCAUCACAUCCAGUGCUUGAACUGGAGCUUGCAGAAGAGAAGCUACCAAUGACCCUUUCCAGGCAAGAGGUAAUUCGAAGGUUACGUGAGAGAGGAGAACCAAUUCGACUGUUUGCUGAGACAGACUAUGAAGCUUUCCAACGUCUUCGAAAAAUAGAAAUCCUAACUCCUGAAAUUAAUAAGGGUUUGAGGAAUGACUUGAAAGCUGCUAUGGAUAAGAUAGACCAGCAGUAUUUGAAUGAGAUUGUGGCUGGACAAGAGCAAGGUGAAGAGGAGGAGCAAAAUGACCUGAAAGUUCAUGAAGAAAACACCACAAUAGAGGAACUGGAGGCUUUGGGUGAGUCCUUGGGUCAGGGUGACGAUUAUAAAGACAUGGACAUUAUAACCAAAGUUCUAAGGUUUCUUCUAGGUGUUUGGGCAAAAGAUCUAAACGCAAGAGAGGAUUAUUUAAAGUGCAGUGUACAAGGUAAACUGGCUGGGGCAACUCACAAGCAGACGGAAUCCUACUUAAAGCCUCUCUUCAGGAAACUUCGGAAAAAGACUUUGCCACAGGACAUCAAAGAAUCUAUAACUGAUAUUAUCAAGUUCAUGUUACAAAGAGAAUAUGUUAAGGCGAAUGAUGCUUACCUUCAGAUGGCCAUUGGUAAUGCACCCUGGCCUAUUGGAGUCACCAUGGUCGGUAUUCACGCACGUACUGGCCGAGAAAAAAUCUUUUCUAAACACGUGGCACAUGUUUUAAACGAUGAAACACAGCGAAAGUACAUUCAGGGAUUGAAGAGAUUGAUGACCAUCUGUCAAAAGCAUUUUCCCACGGACCCAUCAAAGUGUGUAGAGUACAAUGCUCUCUGAUAUGCUUGCUUCUGAAUGGAAUAUAUUACCUUCACCAGUAAGACAAACUUGAAGAGUCAGCGGUAAAAUGAACUAUGAAGAAAAUUGUGUGCCUACACAAGUACUUUAUACGUGACAUUUCAUUCUUCAGAAAAGCAUCAAAACUUAAAAUUUCUUGGCCCCUAAAAUUGUUUAACAUCUGUAUUCAGUUCUCUUCAAUUAUCCUUCCAGUAAUUCAAACCCUUUUUGAAAAGUCAUGUGGGCAGAACUCACACAGUAUCUUGGGGAUGGUGAGGAGAAAUUCUAAUCAGGAGUAGGUUUGUAUUGUAUAUGGUUAAUAAAUAGUCUCCAUUUUUGUUAAGCUAGUUUUGACUAGAUUGCAAUUUUGGCACUCAGCUACUGUCUACUAUUCUACUGCCUUGUUUGAUAGCCUUUGUUAUGUUGUAAUAUAAAAGAUUUGGAUGCACACUGUCCAAAAAAAAAUUGUUUUGGAUAAAGUUGCAAUUAUGGCAAAUCAUCCUGAAUAUCUAUUUAACACUUCCACUGUUUCCAUUUACAGUACAUUUACAACUGUGGAUUCCCAGAGUUGGGGAAUCAAGAACUAGAGGGCAUGGUUUAAGGUGAGAGGGGAAAGAUUUAAAAGGAACUUGGGGCAACCUUUUUACACAAAGGGUGGUACGUAUGAGGAACGAGCUGCCAGAGGAAGUGGUUGAGGCAGGUACAAUAACAACUUUUAAAGGCAGUUGGGCAGGUACAUGGAUAGGAAAGGUUUAGAAGGUUAUGGGCCAAACGCUGACAAAUGGACCUGUUUGGAUGGGGCAUCUUGGUCGGCAUGGACUAGUUGGGCUGAAGGGCCUGUUUCCCUGCUGUAUGACUCUGAUUUCUUGCUGAUAUUGUGGUUUACUUUGUUGGCACUUCAGCAGAUUUAAUUUUAAAGAGAUGGUGUGGCUGUUUCUCUUCCUGGAGAUAGGGAAUGAAACCUGGUGCUUUGAAUAAAGUCGCUGUCUAAAACAA